AUGUCCACCCCUAACAACGAAAACCAACAUCUCGAGGGUAUUGAGCAAGAAAAUGACGUCCAGGUGUUCGACGUCAGCAUGUUCGAGGGGGGCAGCGAGGGGAGCGGAUUUCACACCAAGAACAAUCCCAAGGACCCAUACCAACGUUCUGAAGUGAUUCAGCGGACCGGCCGCGGUGUUGACAUCAGGUGUUCACUCAUCGACGCCGUACACGGGGCCAUGUCUGCCAAUAGCGAUUUCUGGGCGACGCUGUUGGUCUUUCAGUUCCGGUUCGAUCCCCAGAAGAGAGCGCGCCGAGUUUCAAGGGCCACAGUCGAGCUCCGUUUUGAUGUUUCCGACGCUGGGAACGAUCCGCCCGAGGUUGAAGCCAUCUCCUUUGACGGGAACUACAGCUUCCUGCCAAGCAAGCAAUCCGAGACAAUCACCAAGGGAGGUGAAGGAAGUAUCGGUGCCAGUUAUGGUGCAGAACUCAGCGCCUCGGCCAAGUGGGAAAAGACCGUCGCCAGAGAGACGACGGACGCGACGACCAUCAGCGGCGGCAAACUUGUCGUCAAGAAUGUGCCACCAAACCGCAUCGCCAAAUGGACUCUACUGGAGAACAAGACGCUCGAGUCCGGGGUUCCGGCGUCUAUACGGGUUGCCGUGAGGAUCAAGAGGAGGGAUGAGGCGGUCUUCACCUGCGUUCCGAGAUUGGAGUGCAAAGCCGACAAGUGGACGUCUCUGGAAACUUUCUUUGGGGAGUUCCUGAGGACGACCCAGUCUACCUGA